UAUGAAUCAUGGACAAAACGCAACUCCGCCAUCGGGUUUUUAGUGACUGUAUUUGACGGGAAAAUACCACUCUUUUAAUAGGUACAAAUAAGUCUGCAAAUUUAGGUAUAUCGAAUUCUCAUCUGAAAACUCGAGCUCUCGUAUAUAAAUAUCAGAUUGGGGGGUAACCAGUCUGCAUCUAUAUGGAUUAACUUCUGUAUACACAGCUCUAUCGUUUACUUGAUCGAGCCUCAUACAUGACAAUUUUUGCUUUGAAGGCUAGUCUAAAUCACAGCACUCCCUUCCCUUUGCAACCUUUAUACGUGUUCUUGCCGCAGCUGAGACAUGCCAAGCACAAGCUCUAGCAGGACCCAAUUGUAGGUCCAUGGCCGAACCAAUCGGAGUUCUUGCAGGUAGAAUGAUGCAGAGCCAACCUAUUUGCCAAAGCGAGUGCUCCAAUCGGCUAUUUUGACUCUCAAUAACAGGUUCAAUUACGCUGGUCUCAUGGUGAGAUACACAGGCACCCCUUUCUACGGUCCACGAAGUCGACAUAUUUAGGUUCUUUCCAUUCCCUCCCGAUCCACUACCCGCGUUGAAGUCGUUUUCACAACUACCUCGACUUUCCAUUUCAAACAGAUUGUCUGUCCAGCGAAGCAGUCACAAUGGUCAAAGUUAGCCAACUUACCCCGCUUGCGGCUGUCCUUAGUGGACUUGCAUCGGCAGCAUCGCCCCAAAUAGGGUUCUGCACAGAUGUUAACUUUGGCGGCACUUGCAUCAACUUUCCAAUAGUCUCUGAUACUUGUGUUGACUUUAAAGGUGGUCUUACUUUACUUUACCAUGAAGUCUCGUCAGUUAUUGUCCCAGCCGGGUUUAUCUGUGAACUCUACCACGAUUACGGUUGUACCUCGUCUAGUAUCACCUUGCUCCAAGGACGUUGGAAGGGCCUGUUCUCUGUGCCAAAUGGUUCUGGUUCCACCAUGAAUUUCAAUGAUUUAACUGCUAGUUUUUCCUGUUCCCCUAUUUGAAAUAACACAGGGCAGUGCCCUCAACUGCUUUAUCCCGCUGCUGAAGAUCCUGUUUCAGGACAGAGUAUCAAUUCCCCACUAUCUGUUAAAGUUAAUAGACUAGAGAAAUGGCAAGUUAAAGAAAUCCUAG